AGCGUUUAUCCGCCAUUUUAGUUUCGUAAUUUGAUUGAUUUGUUGGCUUGCUGUCCGGACAUGAAAUUUUCGAGAUUAAAUAGAAAUAUGUUCCAGCUUUGAAUACCCAAUAUAAAAGGAAUCUCUUGCCGGCAAAAAAUAUUCCAUUAUUUAUUUGGAAGUAAAAGUUUGAACCUUGGAAAAAGCUAUAUUACUAUCCAAUAUGUCAGCACACGAGCAAAUGAGGGCAAUGUUAGACCAACUGAUGGGCACCGCUCGGAAUGGUGAAACAGACAGACACGGUGUAAAAUUUUAUGAUGAUGCAGUGUGCAAAUCAUUUUUAUUACAAUGUUGUCCCCAUGAAAUUUUAUCAUCCACGCGAAUGGAUUUAGGUGAGUGUCCAAAAAUACAUGAUCUGGCUCUCCGUGCGGAUUAUGAAUUAGCUUCAAAAACCAAAGACUAUUUCUAUGAUAUUGAUGCGACAGAACAUUUAGAGGCAUUUAUAGCUGACUGCGAUCGACGCACUACCGCGGCGAAGCAGCGCCUCGCUGAAACUCAAGAAGAGCUGUCUGCUGAGGUCACAGAGAAAGCUAAUGCGGUGCACGAGCUCGCUGAACAGAUUGGUCAGAAGCUGGCGCGAGCUGAAGCACUGGGCGAGGAGGGCAUGGUGGAAGAGAGCGUUAAACUUAUGGGAGAGAUUGAUGAACUACGCAAAAAGAAGGCUGUUGCUGAACAGGAAUAUCGCAACUCUAUGCCAGCUUCCUCUUAUCAACAACAGAAAUUACGCGUUUGCGAAGUGUGCUCAGCGUACCUGGGUAUUCAUGACAAUGACAGGCGGUUAGCUGAUCAUUUUGGAGGAAAACUUCAUCUUGGUUUUAUUACCAUUCGUGAGAAACUAGCUGAAUUGAAGAAAACUGUGGACAAACGUCGCGAAGAGCGCGGUGCUUCGGAACGCGAGCGCAGUGGUGGCCGGCGCCACUACGUCGGCGGCCGCGAGCUCGACCGCCGCGCCCGCCGACACCGCGAGUCUGCACGAGACCGUGACCGUAACAAGGAGUCAGACCGCGAUCGCGACCGCAAAGACAGGGACCGUAGAGACGGCGAACGGGAUCGUGAACGUGAGAGGAGACGCAGCCGCUCUCGCAGCAGAAGCAAACGCGAAGGCUCGCGCGAGCGGUCCCGCGGCCGCGACCGCGAGCGAGAGCGCGAGCGCGAGUCUCGCCGCAGCCGCUCCCAUCGCUCCUCCUCGAAAGAACGCAGACGAGACUAAUUACUCUCACUUCUUCUUAAAAACUUCUUUCUCUCUCAAAAAUUACCCUGUGGUUGAUGAAAUCCCACACUUUAUUACCCAAUCAAAUUCUCUCAAGCAUACAUUGAUUUAGAAAAGUACUGAGGAAUUCAUGCAUGUUUUAUUACUUUGCUUGUAACUCAAUUUUAUUUGCUACUUAUUUAAUAGCAAUAUGCAUGUACAAAAAGGCUCUAGCAUUACAAAUAGAUAUUUGAAUAUAGUAUCAACAUGCAUAUUCCUAAUUUUAGAAUUCUAGUUAAUGCGAUGCAUCACCAAUAGUUGUAUAAAAUAUGUUUAUUUUUAGGUUUUUUAAGGUAAAAGAGUUAUCGGUUCUCACCAUGAUGUAUAUAUCUAUUUAUAGUGAGGUAUAUGUUGCCUGAAUAUCAUACAUUUAAGUUAGUAAAAAUUAACUAGCACUGCCGAAAGGAGCAAUAUAUUAAAAUUUAAUGCCUAACACUUAAUUUCACUUGUUCUUGACAAAAUGUUUUGACUGACGAUUUAACUAAACUAAAAUGUAGUUCCAAUGUAUGUAAAAUAUUUCUGUAUUACUUGAACGAUCUUGCGCUCCCUUUUAAAAGGGGACCGAUCCUAAAAUAUUACAUAUAUAUAGACAUACCUACAUAUCGUCGUCUUAGAAUGAAAACCUCGGAAGUGCAUUUUUUCUCAAUAUUUUUUUAUUGCAUUUCUUGGAAGAUAAUCGUAAAAAAUAUGGAAUACUAAUCCUUAUCCUGAAAAAUGCAUUUUUUCUCAAUAUUUUUUUAUUGCAUUUCUUGGAAGAUAAUCGUAAAAAAAAUCGAAUACCAAUCCUUAUCCUGAAAAGUUAUCUCUUGCACUUACGAGGUUUUCACUCUAAGGCGUCGAUAUUCCCAUGUAGUAUGGACAUACAGACUGAUGUCCACGCUGGGUCGUUCAUGCGUUAUAGUUUGACAAACUCGAAUGUAACACUCCCAUGGCCUGCGGGUAGCGGGGGGACUUAGGCAUGCAUGCGUGGGAAGGGGUUUACUGACCUUGUUUGAGAAUGAGAAGACAGCAAUAGUUUCUUUACUAAAAAAAUAAUUAAGAAUGAGUUUUGACGGUAAUUUCCCCCGCCAAUCCGUGUGUACCGUGGAACUGUCACGAACGAAUUUGCCUAUAGUUUAGGGGAUUUAAAGAAGUUAUAUAAUUUAAUUUUAGGUUAUACAUAUGUAAGACUUGUUAGGUUUUAAUGUAAUAUUAUAAGAAUAUUCGGUAUAGGUACCUAUUCGUUUGCGCUAGUUAUCUGAAGGGAUAAUUUUUUAUCGGAAAAUGUGGAAGUGACAUUUAUUUCGAGAGCCAGUCAAAUGUACUACAUUUUUUUUCGAAGAUGACGAUAUAACUUGUAGUUUGUGCUUUUUCGUUUGUUAAAAUUAAAAUCAUUAUAACUUAA